AUGGAGAAUGCACUAAGCAGAACUCGUCGCCGGCAGAGUCGCGGCCAGUCACCUGCUGAAUCAUCCGAUGAAUUACCCGCAGGCUCAGAACGGGAAGAGACGAAGCGCCGCCGAACAAGCUGGUCACAGAAGAACUCCACCCCGCAACGCAGGACCACGACCUCCAAUAAACGCCAGUACGACGAGUCUGAUAGUCCAGGUGAGGUAGCUGGAGAAGAAGAGGAUUACUGGCAUGGCUCGAAUUCCCACUCUCGCCCUAGUCCGUCUCCCAUCGAUCGCCCUACCCCAAUUGAACGAAGCCAUGAGGAUCGCUCCCUCGACGAGUCGGACGCGCUCUCUGAAGAUCGCCGAGAACGAGAAGAACACAAUCAUCACCCCUCACGAGACGAUGUUUCCGAUCGCAUAUCAACACCUGUGCCGCCCGCCAAUGAAACUCCUCCGCCCACCCCGAAACCUGAGUCUUUGAACUACAAAGAGAAGUAUGUGCUCAAGGCGCAUCUUCGCGGCGUCUCGACCGUACAAUUCUCUCCGGACUGCAGCAUGAUUGCGAGUGGAGGCUCCGACGCCGUCAUCAAGGUCUGGGAGACCCUCACCGGCAAACUUAUUUACACAUUCGAGGGCCACCUCGCAGGAAUCUCAACAGUGGCCUGGAGCCCGGACGGAGAGUGGAUUGCCUCGGGCUCUGACGACAAAACAAUCCGAUUCUGGAACGUGAAAACCGGCCGAGCACACACAAAACCCUUCGUCGGCCACCACAACUACGUCUACCAAAUCGCCUUCGCGCCAAAGGGCAACAUCCUCGUCAGCGGCUCCUACGACGAAGCCGUAUUCCUCUGGGACGUCCGACGAGCCAGCGUAAUGCGCUCCCUCCCCGCACACUCCGACCCCGUCGCCGGCAUAGACGUCGUCCAUGACGGCACGCUAAUCGUCUCCUGCGCGCACGACGGCCUAGUCCGAGUCUGGGACACGCAUAGCGGCCAGUGUCUCCGCACGCUCGUUCACGAAGACAACCCGCCCGCCACGUGCGUGAAAUUCUCGCCGAACGGGAAGUACAUCUUGGCGUGGACGCUGGAUGGGUGUAUCCGGAUGUGGAACUACGUUGAGUCGCGCGUUGUGAAGACUUUCCAGGGCCACGCGAAUACCAAGUACAGUAUUUCGGGGUGUUUUGGACUGUACGGGGAGCCUGAGGCGAAGUAUUCGCCGCCGCUUUGCUUUGCUGUUUCCGGGAGUGAGGAUGGGGAUAUUCUUUGCUGGGAUAUUGUUAGUAAGAAUGUUUUGCAGCGGAUCAAGGGGCAUACGGAGCCGGUUCUUUGUGUGCAUACGGGGAAGUUGGAUGGGAAGAGGCUUAUGGUUAGUUGUGGUCUUGAUUUGACGGUGAGACUGUGGGAGGAGAGUUUUGAUGAGGAUCGUCGGACUACUGGAGAGCAAACCUCGUCUGCUCCUCUCGUCAACAGUGUGGAUGCUCGCAGUCCCGGGGAGGAGGAUGGGGAUCAAGAAAUGGCCGAUGCUGAAAUCAACGCCGAAGCUGAAACUCCGCUGGAAACUUCUGCUGCGAAUACCCCAGCGCAGGACGUGACGAUGACCUGA